AAUGAAUAUUAGCUUCACUAAGUUGAUGUACAGGUGGGGGUUCUUGCUCACAGUUUCCACAGCUUAAACAAAUAUCAGAAAUUCACACAGUGCACACACUCAAUCAAUCAGCAUGGAAACCAAAUCAAAACCAGAGCCACGUCAAGAACCUCAUCAUCAUCAUCCGGCCAAAAAAACCAAAAUCAAUCACCCAAUGGAGGAAGAAGAGCAACAUCCGUCUGCUUCUACUUCCAAUCAGGAUCAGGAAUCAUCUUCCGAAUCAAUGACUUUCCCAGACUUCCCUCAUGAAAUUCUGGUUGAGAUCCUUUCAAGGCUCCCGGUCAAAUCCCUUGUUAAAUUCAAGUGUGUAUCAAAAAGCUGGCUUUCUUUGACCUCAAACCCCCAUUUCAUCAAAGCCCAUCUCAGGAUUUCAGCAAACAAGGAUGAUUUUAGGCACCAUGGUCUUAUUUUUACUGUUCUCCCUCCAAAUUCCCACUCCCACCUCAAGCAGUGUUCUCUUCGUUCUGCAUUAAAUGUGGAAAUGAGCAGUAUUCAGGUAAUUGACAUUGAUUAUCCGAUGAAGAGUCCUCACAAGUCAGUUUGGGUUGUGGGUUCUUGUGAUGGAUUGGUUUGCAUUGCUAUUGAAGAAAAUGAUUUGUUCCUGUGGAACCCCGCUAUUAGAAAAUACAAGAAAUUGCCUGAUUUGGCGAUUAGAUUGAAGCAUGGUUGUUAUAUAAUUUUCGGUUUUGGGUAUGAUAUGUUGAAUGAUGAUUACAAAGUAGUUGCUAUAUUCUGUGUUUUCCGUGGUGGUAAUGACUAUGAGACUGAGGUUAGAGUAUACAGUCUCAAACAUGAUUCGUGGAUGAGGAUUGAGAAUUUUAAGGGUGGUGUUCCACUGGAUGAUUCUGGGAAAUAUGCAAAUGGGAAGCUCCAUUGGGCUGCCAGUCGUGGUUUUGAUUCGAACCACAGUUGGCAAAUUGUGAGCCUUGAUUUGGGGAAUGAGUCUUAUGGAGAAGUUGAGCGGCCAGAGUACGGGGAUGGUGUGUAUGAUUGGACUUUUGGAGUACUCGGAGGCUGCCUGACUGUGCUUUGUGAUUAUGAGUGGACUCGUGUGGAUGUGUGGGUUAUGAAGGAGUAUGGAGUUAGAGAUUCUUGGAGUAAAGUGGUUUCUGUGCCCUAUUUAGAUGAUCCUGAAAAAUCUAGGUAUUCCUUUCCUGUUUGCUUGUUAAAGAAUGGUGAAAUUCUGCUCGUCUUAGGUUCGGGUUUGGUUCUGUACAAUCCACAGAGCAAUACAUUCAAGUAUCGUCAGAUAAAUGGAGUUGAAGAAGUGAAUAUGUAUGCUGAGAGCUUGGUUUCCCCUCUAUUCAUUGAGGAGAGUAGCCGCGUUAUUAUGAGUAAGGCUGCAGAAAUAAGGGGAGAGAGCUAAUGAUCAUCUUUUCUGCCACUUGCCGGGUGCUGGGAAGUUGAAGCUAAUGCUGGUUGAGUUUGUUUUAUCUAUUUCAACAAAAUGCAGGGAGCAUCAGAACCACAAGAGAACAAGGCAAUAAGCUUGUUCCCAGUUUCCACCCUAUGCAGGCUAGGGAAAUUUCUUAUUGCAAUAUGUUGUAUGUAAGGGAUAUGUAUGAGAUGCAAAUGACUGUAACCAUAUUCUCUUUGAUUUGGAGCAUAUUUUGGAAAUGAUGCA